GAAAUGAAAUUCUAGAGCUGGCUAUUGGAAGAGAGAUCAAACCCUUUGCCUUGUCUUGUCCCAGAAAAGUAUGUGGAAGAAGUUCGUUUUUGGGUCCAGAGAAUGGAGCCGAUGAUGGGAAGGAUAUCCAUAGGGUGUGAAACCCUGACAGUUAGGAAUUAUUGAUUCCCCAUCACAUCUGCAGAAGAACUGCUGAAAAAAAAACAUGUCAAAGAAAGGACGAGGAAAGGGCGAAAAGCCUGAGGCACUAAUAGAUGCAUUACAAGCUGCCAAUGAGGAACUCCGGGCCAAGCUGACCGAUAUUCAGAUAGAGCUUCACCAGGAAAAGAGCAAGGUGAACAAGCUGGAAAGGGAAAAGGUGCAGGAAGUGAAACAAGUGCGAGAGCUGGAGCAGCAUAAGCACACGGUGCUCACCACUGACCUCAAGUCCAAACUUCAUGAAGAGAAAAUGAAGGAGCUGCAAACCGUACGGGAGAUCCUGCUGAAGCAGCACGAGCAGGAGCUUGCCCGUGCAAUCAAAAUUAAGGACAGCGAGAUCCAAAGGCUCCAGUCCACAGUGAAUGUAUUAAGGGAUGGGGCAGCUGACAAGGUCAAAACUGCCCUGCUCAAUGAAGCCAGAGAGGAGGCGCGGAAAGCGUUUGACAUCGAGCGCACGAAGCUGCAGCAGGAGAUAGUCGAGCUGAAGUCUGCCAAGAAGCAGGUGGAAGAAACCCUAAACAAUACUAUCCAGGCUGAUAAGAAGAAGGCUGCUGACCUUAGAAGCGCCUAUCAGUCACAUCAGGAUGAGAUAACUAGAAUAAAGAGAGAAUGCGAGAGAGAUAUCCGCAGGCUGAUGGAUGAGAUUAAAGGCAAAGACAGAGUCAUCCUUGCCCUGGAAAAGGACCUUGGUGUUCAAGCUGGCCACACCCAGAAGCUAAUUCUGCAGAAGGAAGCCCUUGAUGAGCAAUUAGUGCAGGUGAAAGAAGCAGAGCGCUACCAUAGCAGCCCCAAGCGAGAAUUUCCCACUGCUGGUGGGGACACCUCAGAACCAGCAGCCAAUCAUGAACCACAGCUGGAUGAAAGGGACGUGCGCCGUUUCCAGUUAAAGAUCGCUGAGCUGAAUGCUGUGAUUCGUAAACUGGAAGACAGAAAUACUCUGCUGGCAGAUGAAAGGAAUGAGCUGUUGAAACGUGUUCGAGAAACAGAGAGCCAGUUGAAACCACUGGUCGAGAAGAACAAGCGCCUAACUAAGAAGAACGAGGAUGUCAUGCAUUCCGUACAGAGGAUGGAAGAUAAGCUAAAAAAGCUGACCAGAGAACAUGCUGAAAUGAAGGAAAAGUUAUCGUCACAAGGACAGCUCAGACGACAUACUUCACUGAAUGAUCUGAGCCAAGAGCAAGAUGAGCAAGAAAUAGAGUUCUUGAGACUCCAGGUUGUAGAGCAGCAGCAUAUUAUUGAUGAUUUAACAAUGGAGCGGGAGAGAUUUUUACGUUCUAAGAAGUACAAAAGAAGAAGCACAAAGCCCCACAAGAGGCAUGUUGUAGAGACAUUUUUUGGAUUUGAUGAGGAAUCAGUAGAUUCCGAAACCUCUUCAUUAGCUUCGUGUACAACCGACAGGACGCCAGCAACUCCAGAAGAAGAUUUAGAUGAGGCCCUAAACAGGGAAGAGUCUGAACUGAGAUUCCGCCAGCUUACUCGAGAAUACCAGGCUCUCCAGAGAGCUUAUGCACUGCUUCAGGAACAAGUCGGUGGGACACUGGAUGUGGAGCGAGAAACCCGGACUCGUGAACAACUCCAAGCCGAUCUUCUUCGCUGUCAAGCUAAAAUUGAAGAUCUGGAAAAAUCACUUGCCGAGAAAGGGCAGGAUUCAAAAUGGGUGGAAGAUAAACAGUUACUUUUUAGAAGCAACCAGGAACUGGUUGAAAAGAUUCAUAAAUUGGAACUUGAAGAGCUCAGACUGCAGAAUGAGGUGCAAGAUGCAAAGGAUCAGAAUGAGCUGCUGGAGUUCAGAAUCUUGGAGCUUGAAGAGCGGGAGCGAAGGUCACCAGCUUACAACUUGCACAUGUCAGCGUUUUCUGAGAAUGGAAGUGCCCUUCAGCUUUAUUGUCAGCAGGAGGGCAUUAAGGAUGUGGUAAUUCCUGAUCUAAUGAAGAAACUUGAUAUCCUAGGAGAUAAUGGGAACCUGAGAAACGAAGAACAGGUUGCAGUAAUUCAAGCUCGUACUGUGCUUUCGCUCUGUGAGAAGUGGCUGAAACAGAUUGAAGGCACAGAGGCUGCUCUUCAUCAGAAGAUGUUGGACCUGGAGAAUGAAAAGGUACUGUUAUACGUACAGAAGGGCUACCUAGAAGAGGAGCUGGAUUACAGGAAACAAUCUCUGGACCAUGCCUACAUGCAAAUCCAGGAGCUGGAAGCCACGCUGUACAAUACCUUGCAGCAGUGCCCCGGAAACAGAGUAAGCGAGACACUGACUGAGAAACAAAAGGAAGAGUUGAAGUUGGCAGUUGAGAAGUGGCGACGUCAGGUUCUGAGACAAAGCCGGGAGUAUGAUGGUCAAAUCUUACAGGAGCGUAUGGAACUGCUGCAACAUGCUCAUCAGAGAAUUAGAGAACUGGAAGACAAGAUAGAAAUCCAGAAAAGGCAAAUCAAAGAAAUAGAAGAAAAGAUUACAAGAGAGAUCACAGAAGAUAAAGCUAAGCCAACAGAGCAAAUCUCAAAGUGUACAAAGCAACAAGAAUACAUUGAAGUGGAGGCAUUGACCAAAUUCCAAGCUUCUAUUAGAGACAAACGAGAACACAAGCAGAAAAUCGAUACAUGCACACAUGCUAAAUCCACGUUGGAAGAUUCCAUUCAAAUUUUUCAAAUGCAUAUCUGUUUAAUGAGGAGGAAGAUCAUUCUGACAACAAUUUGUUUUUAAACUACCAAGAAGUAUUAGAAGAAAAUUCAAAAUAG